GUUUAUAUUGAUAUUGAUUGAUUACGGGGCGAGCCGAUCGAAAUUGAUUGUGUGAUCGGUUAUCAAUUUAUUAAUUAGCCUUUUAUCUUCAGUUUUUUACGUGCUAUGUAUAUUUCCAUUAUGUUAUACAUAUAGUUUUAUUUUCCUUCUAAUUACAUACUUGUAGGUACUUCUAAGAGAAUGAACAGUUCCUCAACAAACCAGAGCUAAUCAUCAACUGACGGAUGGCUGAAUUGCUUUUAGAUCCCAACAUUCGUUGUUGGGUAUUUUUACCCAUCGUAGUCAUUACUUUCUUGGUAGGAAUUGUGAGGCACUAUGUCUCGCUUCUUAUCACAACUCAGAAGAAAGCAGAAAUCACGCAGAUUCAAGACAGCCAAGUUAUGUUGAGAGCUAGAGCUUUACGAGAACAUGGAAAGUAUCUACCAAAACAGUCAUUCCUCAUGAGGAGACACUUCUUCAAUAAUGAAGAGACAGGUUACUUCAAAACUCAAACUAGAGCAGCUCCAGCGCAGAACCCUAUGACAGAUCCAAGUAUGCUGGUUGAUAUGCUGAAAGGGAAUGUGACUAAUGUCUUGCCCAUGAUCAUCAUAGGAGGCUGGAUCAAUUGGAUGUUCUCCGGUUUUGUCACAACCAAGGUACCAUUCCCUCUAACUCUUCGAUUCAAACCUAUGUUGCAAAGAGGAGUGGAAUUAGUAUCUCUGGAUGCAGCCUGGGUAUCCUCUGCUUCUUGGUAUUUUCUGAAUGUCUUUGGUCUCAGAAGUAUCUACGCUCUAGUAUUAGGAGAAAAUAAUGCUGCCGACCAAUCAAAAAUUACCCAAGACCAAAUGUCAGGAGCUGCAAUGGCUAUGCCCCUGGAUCCCAAAGCAGCUUUCAAAGCUGAGUGGGAAGCCCUUGAGAUCUGUGAGCAUUCAUGGACUUUAAGCAACAUUGAAGCAGAACUGCUGGAAAGUGCUGAUUUUAAAUUUGAAACAGCGGAGGAACAGAAUCAUAUGUGAGAAAACAUAACCUUUGUUUUUAUUUCAAAGCCUCUUGUUGACAUAAUUUAUUUCAUGAAGACUUGAAACAUUUGUUUUACUUUCUGCAUUUUUAAUAUUCAAGCCACGAUCUUGAAAUCGCAAAAAAAAUUGAAAAGUUGUAAUAGAAUUUAUUGUUCGGAAGUCAAAGGGUCCAAGAGUCCAGGAAUGAAAAUUCCUUUUUCUUGGUCCUUAUUGAAGUACGUUACUUUUAGAUGUAUAACAUCGUACAUUUUUGCAUUUCCUAAAAAGAUGGAAACUAAUUCUUGUAGAAUUGAAAAGUUUCCAUCACUAAAAAAAUUGAAAUGUUCUAAAUCAAAUGAAUGUGACAUGAGAAGCGUUUUUUUUACAUGUACUUGCAGCUCGAAAGAAAAUCCUUAAGUAUCAUCAUUAAUAAUGCAAAACUUAACACUGUCUAUAAUAGAGCACUUCUCAAUUUUUGUUCUCCAGUAUUCUGUUUUGAUUUAUGGUUAAGGUUUUUUAGAACAUUUUGUAAAGUUUUUGUUGUACAAGUUUAAAAUAAUAUGUUAAUUAAGAAAA